GUUUUUUUAAUGGCGCCUGAGAAUGUUAUUUUAGUCGAGACCGCCAGGUCGAGACCUAAAAGACAUUCGAAGGCGCCAUUAAAACAUGAAUUUCGCCACGAAAUACAAACAACGUUUUUUCUACAGCCUCCAGAUGAAGAAAAAAGUAACAGAAAUUAGUUGGAACAAAAUGGUCUGAUAAAUCGAGUUGCUUGCAUGGUUACGAUGAUAAAUAAAAGUGAUAGUUGCGAAAAAUUUGUCACAAUAGGUAUUUUUGUUGAAGAAGUGUGAUGGAUUUUAGCAGCGAAAACGAAAUAGAUGCAAUUGCAAGCGCGGCAGUGUCGAAUCUUUUGCCUGCUAAAUCAAGACCGCAGUACGAAAAAACGUAUCUUCAGUUUCGGCAGUGGUGUUCUAUGAAAAAGAUUGAUCAAGUAACGGAAAAUGUUUUGUUGGCGUAUUUGGAAGAAAAGUCUACCACCUUAAAGCCACCAACACUCUGGGCCCUUUAUGCGAUGUUGAAAGCCACCUUAAACGUUAAAGAGAAUAUCGAUACACGUAAGUUUCCGAAGUUAGUGCCCUACCUGAAAAGCAAAAGCGUAGGUUACAGAAGCAAGAAGUCGCAAAUUUUAGACAAAGAAGACAUUAGCAAGUUUAUUAAUGAAGCAGAUGACAAGAUAUAUUUACUGAUGAAGACUGUGCUAAUUUUGGGUAUAUCGGGAGCCCUUCGACGUGAAGAAUUAGUUAAAAUGAAGCUAACUGACAUAGAAGAUAAACAGUCUGUCUUAAUUGUGAAGGUGCCUGAUACAAAAACCCACUGCGAACGAAUAUUUACUGUUUCAAAUUUAGAAAAUAUAGAAAUUGUCAGAAAAUAUAGAGCUUUGCGGCCUCCACGGGCGACUAGUGACCGUUUAUUUUUAAAGUAUACCAACGGAAAAUGUGUGAAUCAAAAUGUUGGAAUUAACAAAAUCGGAGAGAUACCAAGUUUGAUUGCAAAGUGGCUUAACAAAGACGAACCUAAAAAAUAUACUGGUCACUGCUUCAGAAGAAGCUCUGCCACUCUUUUGGCGAAUGCUGGAGGUGAUCUAAUUUCAAUUAAACGUCAUGGGGGCUGGAGAAGCAGCACAGUGGCAGAAAGUUACAUCGAGGACUCUUUGAAUAAUAAAAUUGAAAUUGCCAAUAAAAUUCAACCUUCUUCCUCCACAGAAGAAAACAAAAUCACUCAACCUUCUACAUCGGCUUCUUUUAAUGGCGAAAAUAACUUUCAUUUACAAGCGUCUUCACUCAGGCCUCUGGGGAUAAACGGGGGCACGUUUUCGUCAUGCACAUUUAAUUUUCAUAUGUCAAAGUAAAUAUCUAUUAUUAUUGUUUUGUAAUAUUGUUCUGUAUAAUUAUAAAACCUUUAAAACUACCUCUCAUUAUCGAUCCGUCUCUUCAUUUCGGUUGCUGUUGAUGUCUUUUCGUGUUACUAAAAUUGUAACAGAAAUAAGUUGGAACAAAAUGAUCUGAAAAAUCGAGUUGCCUGCACAGU